AAGGUCAUCAUCAUCUAGUACUUACCGACCACAGCAAGAACCACAGGUCAAGAUGACUGCUCUUAGGCGAAUUCAGAAGGAACUCCAAGACAUCACAAACAGGCCCCUUGAGGGAAUAACAGUCGAGCCAGAAGCAGAUAACCUGCUCAUUUGGAAGUGUUCAGUGAAGGGCUCCUCAGAUAGCCCAUAUAAAAACGGAACAUUUCACUUCAAGAUCGAGCUCCCGACGAGUUUUCCCUUCAAGGCACCGAGUGUCACAUUUUUGACCAAGAUUUACCAUCCCGGCAUUAACGAGGAGGGUCAUAUUUGUGUUCCUAUUCUUCGCGAUGAGUGGAAGCCGUCAGUGACGCUAUCAACAGUGCUAGCGGUGAUUCAAGAGAAAGUGAACAAUCCAAGCCCGGAUGAUCCCUUCGAGCCUGAAAUCGCUGCAUUGUUGAAGAACGAUAAAUCAAAGUUCUUGGCUACCGCAAAGGAGUACACGAAGAAGCACGCAAUGUAGGCUCGGGACCAAACGUCUACUGCGCAGCUCCAGUUCUCUUUACCUCCUACUUUUGUAUGGAGAAGAUAAAGGGGUCAUCUUUAAGCCAGUUUUCUUCACUUUGCGUGAGGCGAAGAGACCUAGAACGAAGGCACGAUAGGCAGUGUGUCAAGUUUAUCAGUGAAAGAGGGCACGACAUGGGGCCCUAUGAAGGACUCCGAUGAUCUGAUCUACUUUGUUGAUCCAGUGCUUCCGAAGCGGAAGCACAGGAUGGGACUUUUUUUAAAUAAAUUCAGUGUUUUUUUUUCCUGGAC